UGUUCCCCUCAGAUCGGAGAAAAUGACCGCUGGAAACUGUAGAUUCAGUGAAUCCUCUCUGCGUCAUUAACACGGUCCAAUAAUGAAUGUGUGUUUAAGUUUGGAGAUAUUUUAUAGGGAAUUAGAGAAACAUAAGCUUUGGGCAAAUUACGCAGGGAAAGUUAAUUAUAACUUCUGUGCGUGCGUAAAGUGGAUGCCGGGGCGCGCACACACACGCAGCACCAUCACUGCGGGAACAUCUGCUGCCAGACGCGCUGCUCGGAGUGGCAGUGAGGGCUAUGGACGAUUCAUCGACUGGAGGACUGGAACCGCUUCCCCUCAAACACUCCACAUGUUCUGCUUGUGUGUGAUUUCAGCGUUUUGAAUGAAGUAUGACGGAAAAUAAGGCGCGCAGACAACAAUCGGAGAUCUCCGCGUUGAAUUUUCUUUAGAGGGUUUUGAUUCUCCUUUCUUUCCUUUUUUUUUUCCUCUUUUGGGUGCACGUCUCGCUCGGAUAUGGCACAUUUCUGGACCCAGUAAGAGAAUCUCAGAGCGUCAGAGGGCGUCUGCAGGCGGGGGAGACCAGUGGAGGGACUCGGAAACUUGGUGUGGCGCAGGAGACGGUCGGCGCUGCCACAGCUGUCACACAGAGAGGGACAGAGAGGGGAGAGAAAGAAAGAAAAAGAGGGAGAGAGAGAGAGUGUGAGAGAGAGAGGGGGAAAAAAAACCAUGGUGAACUCCCUCAUACUGGUGCUCAGCUGGACUGUGAUCUCUGAGGUGGCGAGAGCUCAGAAUGACACGGAGCCCAUCGUCCUGGAGGGGAAAUGCCUCGUGGUGUGCGACUCGAACCCGACCACGGACUGGAAGGCUUCGUCCUCUCCGCUCGGCAUCUCGGUGCGCGCCGCCAACUCCAAGGUGGCUUUCUCUGCAGUCCGGAGCAACAACCACGAGCCGUCGGAGAUGAGCAACAAAACGAGAAUAAUCUACUUCGAUCAGAUUCUCGUGAAUAUAGGAAACUACUUCACGUUGGAAUCCGUUUUUUUGUCCCCGAGAAAAGGAGUCUACAGUUUUAACUUCCAUGUCAUUAAAGUGUACCAGAGCCAAACCAUACAGGUGAACUUGAUGUUGAAUGGGAAACCGGUCAUCUCGGCCUUUGCCGGCGACAAAGACGUAACUCGCGAGGCGGCUACCAACGGAGUUCUGCUCUUUCUCGAAAAAGAGGACAAAGUCUACCUGAAGCUGGAGAAGGGGAACCUAGUUGGCGGAUGGCAAUAUUCAACAUUCUCCGGCUUUCUCGUGUUCCCUCUGUAAAAAGAAAAAAGAAAAAAAAAAGAAAAAGGAAAAAAAAAAAAAGAAGAUUGUAAGGCUCACUGACUUCUUCAUACUGUGUCGUCACUGUAUAAUCAAAACAUUGCUGCUGUUGCGUCCGUUGGAUCUUGCCAAGUGGUUGAAAGAGUUUAGAUGGAGCUGGAUCAGAACGGAGAGAGGACAUAAAGACUUCACGAAUCAUUCUCAUUCUCUGGAAGUGCCGAGUCCCCGUCCAGACGAGAGAGACCUGAAAAUGUUCCCUAUCGCUACUGUAUGUUCCCGUCACUCAAGCAGCUUCGGAGAGGAACGCUCAAACAUCCCAGAUGUACUUUUCAAACUCUGACUUGUCGGAAUAUACUUAGCAUACUGAUUUUUAUCAUGGCAACUGUUGCAUUCAAGUACAUCUGCCUUCUUGCGUGUAAACUGUAUAUGCUUGUGUUACUCGUGUGACUUGUCAUCACCAAAGUAUUCCCAUUGUGAAGUGUUGGGGGAGCUUCUUCUGUUGGUCUAAUUGUUUCCGGGCCGAGUGUUGGUCCAAUGAGAGGGGUGAUUAGUGGUGAAGGUCACUGAUGACCAACGCAGUGUCUGCGGGAGUUACUUGAUGGAGCAAAUUACUUUGAAGCUGAUUAAAAAAAGGCAAUUACUGCAAUUUGCAAAGUGUGUUAAGUGAGCAGAGGCCUGGAUGUAUCACUGAAUAGGUCCUCUGGGUAAAGCGCCCCCCUGAUCAAUCGGGCCUCUGGGCAUAUCCACUGAAAGAGGUGCAAAACAAACCCCCUUAAAAAAUGCAAAGUGACCCCAAAACCACAACAAAGAGAUGUAAAAUAACCUCAAAGUUGCUAAGUGACCACAAACAGCUACCGAGAUGCAAAAACAUUGUUUUGUCUCUACUUGCCUGUGACUUCCAAAAUUAGACACUGUUCCCAAAACAACACGACCGCUGCAGUGUACCAGCGACAGAUGUAAUGGAAUCAUCAUACGGUUGAACUUCGGUCGGGUUUCGGCACUUAAACUACUGUGUUGGUUUCAGGAAAACUACAUUUAACUUAUGUUCGAAAUAAUGAGUUAAAAGAACUCACUGUUAACUUCUGGUUUUACACUGGACACAAACAUCCUGAACGAACGUCUUGUGCCUGUUUAACUGGACUGUCUUUCCCCGACUUCCUCCACGUCAAGACUUUAUAUUACUUCUCCUCGCUUCCUCCUUUGCAGCUGUAAUACUUAGAACAGCCACUAGAUGUCGCUGCGUAACAAGAAACGUAAAUUCAGGUGGUUAUAUCCUCCUUUCAUACUCAUCUGGUCGUCUUUUCUGACGAGGAUGGGCUUUGAUUUGCCUGAUGAACUUUUCUGUGGUAACGAUGACAAAUCAACCACAAAAAGAUUAAAAUUGACAACAAAUUGAACAUGAAUAGACAAAUAAAGAUUUGAUUGUGAUUGUGAUCUGCUGUUUAAAGUCCUGCUAACAUCACCUGUUUGUGCCCAGAGGACCAUUGUGUCCAUGAUCAGAGUUUGUAAAGCUUCUUCAUGCUGGCAUUUUGACUUUUGUUGAAUUACUGUGGUCAAUUUAUUUAUUUAUUUAUUUUUAUCUGUCAACCUUUUCUCCCAGAAAUUACACCUAUAUUCCACCCACUUGUUUUGCUGAAUAUGUUUUGAGGGAAACUUGCCUGGAUUGUUAUUUUGCACUUUGGUACAAGACUGUGACUCUUUUGCCUCUGGAGACUUAAGUUAGCAUCCCAAGUUCCAUGUCUGAGUUGAGUUUAAGCAAUAGAAAUGGCUAGAAUCAAUAUUUCUAUAUCAAUAAUGAAUCAUUUGACUAUCUGUAUGUGACCUGUGUUGCUCGCGGUGAUAGACGCAUACAGAUUCAUCGCCUGUCUCUCUGCAGCUCCCCUUCAGUUCUACAGAGUGUGUUGUAGUGUUACAGCUCACAACAGCUGUGUUUUGCUUCACUCUCACAGCUUUUAUCACGUUGUUUUUAUCUGUAGCAGCAGCUGUUUUCAGCAAAUGAGCUCCGAUAAACAUAUAGUACGCUACUUUCCCAGCUACCGAGUGACGGACAGACAAUUUAAGCAAGUGGCAGGUGAGCAUAAUGGAGCAUUUAGCAGCUACAGAGCCAGAUAGAGACUCAUAGAAAUACAAAAUAUUGAGUAAUAUUCAUCAGCUGGACACAAAGAUGCCUCUGAAUAAAUGCUAAUGUUGCCUGGACGUGUAACAAGGCAACUGUUUCUUGCUAAAUUAGCCACAUUAACUUAAAUCACAAUAAUAUGUCAGAGAUUAUAGGUUGUUUCUUGUCAACACCAAGACGCCACAAAAAUCUGGUUUUAAGCUUGAAAGUUGGGGAAAUGUUACAGGUUUGGUUAUUUAUGUUUUUCAGGUUCAAACCAAAACCUGGAUACAUUUUUUUUCACUAAACGCUUUGCGGCUUAAUCGUCAUCACAAAAGUCUGCUACAGUAGGUAAACUUGGGUAAAUCUAUCUCAUUUUGUGACUCGUCAGAUAAGUUAAUUAAAAACCUCGGUUUCACAAAAACAAACGAGAUCCAGGCAGCGUUUCUCCCCAAAUGAAUUUGCUGUCGAAAAUUAGGAGUGUAUAAAUGUAGUUUCUCCCUGUCUAUUUAUUGACUUGCACAAGUCAGUUUGUGGUUUAUGGACCUUGAUUAAGUUUAAUGGGCAUCUGAGAACAAUAAUUGGUUAACACGCUGAUAAUAGACAGAUUCCUGUCACAGUCUGUGAGCGUAAACAGCUUCCACUGGGCAGCUGGGAUAACUGAUGAAUUAAUAAACUCCUUAAUUGUUGCUCUUGAGCUCAGCGCACGCUUACAGUAUGUGAUGGCUCUCCCCCUUCAUGUCUUCAGCAGAGUUGCUGUCUGCCUUACUGCAGUGUGGUGCUGCAGUCUGCAGCUGCAUUGUGAAAAAUCAACCUUAAAGCUCGCAGAGGCUUUUCUGGAGAGCUUAUUUUAAUCAUCAUUUCAGCCUGAGAUAAUAAUCUGCACACUCGUCAGGUCCAACCUCUCUGAAGUGUUAUUUGGGACGCUCACUUUCACAAUCAGAUUUUCGUUGUGUGCCGUUUGCUGACGUUUUUUCGUCGGUGAUUGAUAUGUUGCCCAUGGCACCGCAGAUAUAAUUUUUUUGUGAACGGGAAAUUGCUUGAUGGAAGUGAUUCUUUAGUUCUUCCCGGUGUUUGAAAAGAGGCAAAUGUGAGAAUGAAAGCAACGUGCAGAUUAAAAAGCCGCUUGAAGGUUUUACAGCUGCGUUUCAAUUCAAACAGGGCUGAAAAUGUUCUCACUCAGAACCAACACUGAAAACAUGUUCACGGACACAUAGCGGGACAGAAAACGGUGGCGUUCCCUGAAUCAUCCUGCUAUUUUUUCUUUCUUUCAAAUCUUUUUUGCUAAACUGAAACAUAUUUUGGGUUGACAUUCCGUUACAUUUGGUCUUGCUUGGUUUGACACAGAAUGACUGAGGAGGCUGGAUUGUGUCACUGAAAUGAUUAAAGCUCAAGUGGGUUUAAUUACACUAUUACCUAUUUUUGUAAAUGAUGCAUUUGUGAAUCAGUGGGUUAAGAUUGUUCUAAUGCAGUAUUGGCAAUGUCUGUUUAUUCAAACCGGUAAUAAGUUCAAACUUUCCAUGCCUUUUUAUGUUGCAACUUUAUAUUUAUUCAGAUUCAUUUCCCAUUUUAUCUUCUGACAACACUGUGCUGAUGGUCUUGUGGGGUUUAGGAACAAAAACCCACCUGGUUGAGUUCGUAAAAAGACCAUGUUUUGGCUUAAACACCUGGUUUUCUCGCCACAAACAUGGCCGGAGAUGUCUUUCUUGUUAGUCCUUUGAGAUGGUCUGUCGUCAAAAAUAUCCACUGGUUUCACGCUUUCAAAUGUUGACACACAGUCUCGGACUGUGGUCAGUGGCUUCCCAGCCUUCUUGCCUAUCCUGAAACUCCACCACCACCAUCCCCGCACCCCAUGCCUUUGAUAUGACACGUUUUGUAUGAAUGUCAAUGUGGUUUGUAGCCUUUGACACAAGCAAAUGUGUACGUAUCAAUGUUUUAUCCUGGCAAAUGGGCUGUUUAAUGUGAUCAUUAAAUAUUCAAAUUAAUUAAUGUAAUGAAGUCAGGCUAUAAAUGAUGAAUAAAAUCGUGAUAUUUUAAAAUGUAUUCCAAAAAGUAGGGUUUUUUUUUUUUUUUUUAAAAUGUGUCAUCAUAAGCUUUGACAAUUUUCUUUAAUUUAAAGAUACAAAUACGAGCACAAAUUACCAACAACUAAAGAAAAAAAUAAUGCAUACAUCAUUCAUUCACUUUAGAUGUGAUUAAUAUUUGCCCUGGAUAGUUAUCUUAUUGUAUAAAUUAAUUGCAAAUUGAAUUAAUAACUUUAUAAAUGGUUAUUUAAAUGUGAGAAUGAAUAUGAUUUGUAAUCUUUCUGGCUCACUCCAGCCUCCAUGCAGAUGCCAGUUUUUAUUUAACAUGUCAACAUUGAUCCACAAGUUGCAGUCGUCUAAUUCUGGGUCACUUAUUUUACAUCCUCAUUUUCAAUGCUCUUCAGUUUGGUGUAUGUGUAUGCAUAAUUCAUUUAGUCCAUAACAGAAAAGGAACUUCAGCAGUUUGGAUUAAUGUCUGUGACUGUAGAACUCAAGAUCUUUUCCAGCAUCAUCAAAGAGCUGAAACAGAGCCAGUAUGAUCAGUCUGUUUUCACAGCAAAUUAGUUUUUUUUUUUCUUCCUUUUCCACCUCUUCUUCUUCUUCUUCUUCUUCUUCUUCUUCUUCUUCUAUGUGUGUGUAAUAUUUAAUGUUUGGAAUAUAUUGUGUGUUUGUCCUUAUUUCUUAAAUGCUGCUACGCCACAGUAAGUCAUAUGAAAUAUGUGCCAGUUGGUGAUGGGAUGUCUUUUCUUUUCAUUGGAACGAUCUAAAGAAUCACUCAAAAGUUUUGUGUUUUAAAAAUGUGUGUAGAAACCAAUCAAGACAAAAAAAGAUGAUUUCAUAUGCUUAAAUUAUUUUCAGUUUGGGAGUUUGUGGAAGAUGAUGGAGAAGGCACAAUAACUAAUCAGAACAGUUGAGCUGAACCUUCAUUUCAACUAACAAUCCACCUUGUGCAGGUUCAUUUAUGACAAGAUUACUGGCAACACUUUGCCGUAAGAUACACAGAAAUUGAGAAGUUACUGAGGAGAAGACUUGCUAAUUUAAUGAUAAUGAGUAACUACUAAGUAUACUAAAUAAAAACACGACGAUUAACGAGUCAGAACAGACUGGGAGGUACUGCAGUUAUGAAUCAUUAGGUAAUGAUUAGUUAACAAAUAUCUUUGAUUCAACAUACUGACCCAGUUCUUUACUACGACAACUCAUUAUAUAUUAAUAACUUAAUCAUAUGUUACUCUUUUUAUACUCUUAAGUAAAAUGAUACAUGAUACUGAGUACUUACCACAUGCACUCUAUAAUUACAAAUUAAUUAAUCAUUAGUUACUCUUUUAGUGAUGCCUCCAGUAAAGUGAUACAUAAUAUCGAGUAGUUACAAAAAAUGUCAACUCGCUACAUAAUCAGUAACUAAUGAUUAACUAAUUAAUUGAGACAUUAGCAGCUGAUUCCACUCACAGUUAAUCAAGAAAAGGUUGGUGUGUCGAUUCACAGAUACUUACGAACUAAUUAAAACCUAAUGAUUAAUUAAUAUAGUUUCCCCCAUUGGGUUCUGUAAUAACUCAACAUUAUCUACUGUAUAGUCCUCAAUAUACAGCUAUUCAUUACUCAAUAACUCAACUCAAUUAUUACAGGAUUAUCUCUGAAGUAUCACAGAUAUCUGAUGCUGGAAAAUUCUUGAAAGGAGUUGGUUUACAUUUACAUGAACUUUAAAAAAAAAAACACAUUUUAACACCACAACAUUUCUUCUGUCAUUAUGUGUUAAAAAGAUGUCAAACUUAAUUUUCCAGCCUUUUUUAAAUUCAUACCAAACUAAUACAUAAUCGUGUCUGUUUUUGUGUUUUCAGUUUGGAUAUCAGCACUUUAACACAUGAAAUCCAAUUUAAUUUAUUUCCUUUUUUGCUUCUCUGAUUUCUGUGUCCUUCCACAUCAACAGAGGAUGAGUCGGGGUGGGGCUCUGCAAAAAAGAUUUCCUAAAAUAAAUUCAGACUUUACUGUGUGAGAACUCAGCCUUUGUGGAAUUUAAAACAGUGCACUUAUCUCGAUUUCAUCAUCGUACGAAAGGCCUUAAAAACAGACGCCUAAAGCUGUUGAUGGCUUUUCUUUUGUGCAGUUCUUUUCUCAUCGGGAGAUAAAUUUCAUGUCAUAUUUGAAACGCACAGGAUGGUGUAAAUAUAAAGUAAACAUCAAAUGUUCACUGUUGUAUGUUGUGAUUCCUAAACGAUGUGGACAUCAACUUAUUGAAAGUACGAUCAUCUAAAGCAUAUUUGGAGAAUUGUAAGCACACAAAAAAAGCAAAAAACCCAUUAAAAGCCAGAUGUGAAGUUCAGAGCAAACAGGCUGAACUGAUGAUGUUUAACACAGCUGACUGCUGGUUAUGCGUGAAAUUGUAUCACCACUCUAAAUAUUCCGCUUUUGGUUUGUACAAUGGUUCAGAAAUGAGAACUAUAUAUUGACGAAUCUAUCUAUAAUUACAUCAUAACACGGUCUUAACUCAAUAACCAGUCGCGUGGAUUGGUGCAGAAUAUACUGUGGUGCUACACUUCCACGAAUAACAAACAUGUCGUACAUUUUGAAUUCAAAAAGACAUGCGACCCGUCUCAUUAGUAAUUGUUACAUGGUAUCAUUAGUGGACGAACAGAGGUUUCCAAUGGCCUUUUAUCUAACAUGUUGUAUUCAUUUGGAAUUAAAAGUGGCGGUAACUGUGUUGAAGCCUGUUUUUCUGAUGUGUGUGUUACAUCUUGAAAAGAGCAGUAAUACCCUCUGUUAAUGAAUCUGAUCCAAAAAUCAUUUGCUGGGAGAUUAUCUGCCGGUGCAGCUUGAUCUGUUCCCCGGCUGUGUUCGUGCUGUCAGAUUGACUGUUUACGAGAUAAGAAAAGAUCCAGCUAGAAAGUCAUUUUAAGUAAACUGCAUAUCUCUCGACUUUACAUGAAUUUCAUUAGACAGCCAACAGAAGGUCAUUCGGAGAACUUUUAUACUCUUUGGUUUUAUGGUCGUGUAUUUUUGGGAACAAACUCUGCUGCAUAAAAGCUAUAUGGUGGCAGGUGUGCUGCGAUGAAUUUCAAACUUAAUUCUGACCUUUCUACUGGCAUUUCAGAGGAGAAUAUUGAGGUGUGAUUGAAUAUAUUUUCUCUAAACAGUGUAGCACUUCACAAGGACUGAUUCCAGCGCUCGAUUCUGAGAUAUGCAGAGUGCCGUUCACUUUGAUGAGCAUCCGCUGGGACACAUAACCCCUGAACUGAAUUAUAACUCAGCAUUAAUCCAAGUAAAACAAAACAUAAGCCUUCUCUCAACAGAGAAAAACAACAUUCAUCCCAGGUGUGGUAAAAGGUGUCAACAAUACCCACUUUUAAGUAACACAAGCACAAGUGUCGGAUUACAUUGUGGGUUUCCGCAGUUCGUUUUUUAAAAAUCUGCUGAAAUGAAUAUUGCAUGCUGUGUUGGUUCGGUGCAUUUCUGCUCACAUUGCUUUACAAAACGUUGAACAUGUCAUGUACACCCAAAAACACUCAUACAAACAACAAGAAAACAUUGUUUCUUUUUAAAAAAAGUGAAAAUAAGGACAUUGUAAAGCUGUUUCUGAGCUUUACAC